CCGUGUUACCUCCGCGACUGGGAGAUGCAGGUGCAUUUUAAAAUCCAUGGACAAGGCAAGAAAAACCUGAAUGGGGAUGGCUUUGCCAUCUGGUACACCAAAGAUCGCAUGCAGCCAGGACCUGUGUUUGGAAGCAAGGAUAACUUCCUGGGCCUGGGAGUGUUUGUGGACACCUACCCAAACGAGGAGAAGCAGCAGGAGGCUCAGAAGAGGAGAUACAGCCCUGGAAAUCAGCGUGUCUUCCCCUACAUCUCAGCCAUGGUGAACAACGGCUCCCUCACCUACGACCACGACCGGGACGGGCGACCGACGGAGCUGGGGGGCUGCACGGCCAUGGUGAGGAACCUCAACCACGACACCUUCCUGGUGAUCCGCUACGUGAAGAGGAGACUGACG